AUGUCACGUUUUAUGCUCUCGAGACCUAUUAAUUUGGACCGUCCUCGCCGCGCUCCCAUAGCAAAACGCAAGACGAAAUGCCUCGGUGGAAAUGGCAGAUAUCUUGUCCAGCUGGAAACUCGGCUUAAAGAGUACGAGAAAGGCCACAAUAAUGGCGCAGGGCGUCAGGAAUCUUUAGAUGUGACCCCCCUUGAAUAUCAACAUCAACAGGACCCUCCUGCAACUACUCUCUCUGGCAAUUCUGAGCCACCUACGACCACGAAUGAAGAUGACAUUGAUGGCAACCCGCUCACUGAAAAGAUAGCUCACCUGGUCCUCAGUCCUGAGGGGGAUAAACGUUAUAUUGGCAAUUCUUCAUCCGCUAGCCUAGGGAAGAAGUUUCUUGAUUUCGUCAGGUCAUUUAAAACGGGGCUCGAUAUCGGAGAAGAUUUCAUAACUCCAGCGUAUAACAGCUGUUCUAACUUCUCUAUUCGUGCGAAUGCGCAUCAGGCCAAACCAUUCACUACUUCGCUUCCACCUUUUCCGUUUGCGAAACGGCUCUAUGCGGCACAGUAUUCCUACAUUGGCACAAUUUUCUCGUUCACUUCACCAGAAACAUUCGAGAAGAAUAUUCGUGAAAUGUAUGAUCGAGAGGUUGAUUUUACGAACAAGAGCGACUGUCUACGAUAUUGUCAGAUUUUCAUAAUUCUUGCCUUCGGCCAAAUGUACUCCAUCAAUCAAUGGACAAGCUAUGAUGGGCCCCCUGGGUUUGAGUACUUUCAGCAAGCUAUGAACCUCCUUCCUGCUAUACACGAGCAGCCUUCGACAGGAUUGGCGCUGCGAAUGGCCGUAUUACUAGGUUUACACCAAGAAGUCUCUGAUGACACCUUAGACGACCAUGCUCGUGAGCAUCGUCGACGACUUUGGUGGUCUGUUUACAGUCUGGAUAGGAUUCUCUGCGUGAAGUCAGGGAAUUCACUCACGAUCGCGGAUGAGGAUAUCGGCGUUUUUCCCCCUUCCCGUCUAUCUGAUGAACCAGAUCUAGGCCCGGCCGCUGUCCUUUUUCAUUACACUGAAUUAUCUAGGAUUCUAGGUAGAAUCAUGAAAAGUGAGCUGCACGUCAAUGCUGACGUAUAUCGCACACCACGCACCACCGCCUACAAUCUCGUGAGCUCGGUACAGUCUAUCCUUGCAGAAUUAACCCAGUGGCAGUCAAAUCUACCCCAUGCGUUACAGUGUGAUUUUACAAAGUUGGAUUCUGGAAUAUCACGCCAAUGCGUGUCGAUGUUUUUGCAUUACUCACAAUGUAUCAAUAUGACAGUACGCCCUUUAGUCUUCAAUGUUGUUCGAAUUUGUCUUCAGAAUCACGAAAAGACGGGAGAAUGGCCGGAUUGGAAAGAAGGCCUGCAACAGAGCACAGUAUUAGCUGUGGAAACGUGCGUCGCUGCAGCUCGGAAUAGCGCAGCGGUAAUGGCCACUGCUGCGAAACAAAACCUCAUAGCAACAUACGGCUAUAUGGACGGCGAACAUGCAUUCUCCGCCGCAAUAAUCCUCGUUAUGAUCAACAUUGCUUUCCCAUACAACUUGCGAGACCGCGCAGCGAUGGUCCUUGCCCUUGACGUGCUCAACGGCAUGGCAGAGAAGGGUAAUUUGCACAUUCGAUCCCUCCAUCGUCUCCUGCUCAGCCUCUAUCACACCGUGAUCCCAUCACCUACGGAAUCUGGCGAUAAGCCUGCGUCUGCAGCCCCGGAGCACGAGCAUAUGUCCCCCCCGCCAGCUGACCUGGCACCGCCAGAAACUUCGCCUACCGAGCAUCGGCCCGAAUCCCAGCCGAUCCAACUUCCCCAUGUAUCAGUAGAUGACCCGCUUGCUGCAUUUCUAGCUGCGCAGCAGUCAACAUCUCCUAUUCCUAUGUCUGGUGAUAGCGGCUUCAUUGUUCCGGAGGAGCUUCUCUCCUUUGAGAACCCAAUGGGUGAUGCGAUUUUGUGGGAGGAGGGAUAUGGGACUUUUGAUGUCGGCAUGGAUUUUGAUUGGGCACAAUGGAAUUCUUGA